AUGUUUCGAGCUACCAGAUUAGCCAGAGCCAUUCCCAGGCAAUUUCGCCAGAGCGCUCGUCUGUAUGCCCAGCAGGCAGGAGAGUCUGCACCUAAAGUCAGGUACCUUUUUUAUGUUUCAAUCUUGUCUACUGGAGUCUUGUGGGCAGCUACCACUCAAGUCAAAAGGCAGGACAAGACAUUUGCCAGUGAAGCGGAGUUAAAGGCAUAUGAGGAACGCACUGGCUUGAAAAUUCGUAGUAGGUUGAUAGAAGGUGAUAAAAGCUCGCAUUAUAGCUUCUAUGUCAUUCCUUAUGUCCAUCUAGACGAAUCGGUUGAAAAGAUCAAACUGCGCUUGGAGGCUUCUGGAAGACAAGUAAAAGUGAUUGAUCCUCAAGAACUUGUCAAGCAAGAGAUCGAAGACGAAAGUAGGAGAUACUCGUUCUUGCUUCAGGAUUUGCAGGCCACAAACAAGCCAUAUCCAAAAGGUCUCAUAACUGCGUUGAUUAAGGAAGAAGUGCAAUUGUUUUUGAACACGAGAAGCGGAACGUUUGACACCAACUUUUUAGUCAAAAACUAUCCGCAGACCACUGAUGAGGCGAUCAAGUUUGAAAAUGACAUUGCUGAUGUGGAAAAGUGUCUUGUGUUGCAUUAUGAUAUGCUCAACGAGCUCAAAAAUGCAAAGGGUCCAGAAGCAACUCACAAGAUGGAAAACGUCGUAGGAUACUUCGAAACGGUAGACAAGGUGAAAACUAUCGUUGCUCGCUCCGAUGAAAUGGACGAUAAGUUGAAGGAGAUCGUCCUCCAAGAUAUAUAG